AAAGCAGUUACUUUGACUCAUUUCUUUAAAUGGUUUCCAUAAAGUUUUCAGGAAUUUGCAGACCUGAUAAGAACAAAUACCACAAGUUCAACUUGUUAGCUAUUCGAAUUAUGUUUUGGACUAAUGACUUUUAGUUUUCUGUAGUUUCUGCUGUCUUUCCUUUUUUCUAGGUAGGGAAUUCACAAAUAGCAAUGUUAUGGGCUAAAUUAUACCCCACGCCCCCAAUCCAUAUGUUUAAGUCCUAAUCCAUAGUACCUCCAAAUAUGACUGUAUUUGGAGAUAGGGCCUUUAAAGAAUUAAAAUUAAAUGAAGUCAUUAUGGUGCACCCUAAUCCAAUAUGCCCCAGUGUCCUUAUGAGAAGAGGAAAUUUGGACACAGACAUGGGCAUGCACUGAGUAAACAUGUGAAGACAAGGGAGAAGACAGCCAUCUACAAGACAAGGAGGGAGUUCUCCGAAGAAAACCAUGUGGACACCUUGAUCUCUCUCAGACUUCUAGCCUCCAUUCAGAACUGUUGUUGAAGCCACCCAGUCUGUGGUGUUUUGUUGUGCCAGUUCUGGCAAACUAAUACAAGCAAUAAUCAGGAUUGUGCUUCGUCAGCCCUAGAAAUCUCCUGAUGGGUUUGGUCAGCCAUUAAGCAAGUAUAUAUCAAAUGCUUACUGAGUUUGACAAAUUUGUCACAAAUUCCAAUUUUUAAAAAUAUAAGAUUUCAAGGAAAAUGAGCAAAGCAAAAACUGCUUAAUGAUGCCCAGAACACCUAUUUUCAGUGUUUAUUUAGAGUUCCACUCUCAUUCUGUUAGAAAAGAAGCUGUGGUGGUAUUGGGGAGCUACCAAAAAAUGCAGUGAAAGGAGUCUGAGUGUCCUCAACUGUGAAUUGAGUUGAACUAGAUAGUUUCUCAGUCUUUUCAACUCAAAUGCUAUAAUUUGAUAGGAUGAAAGGCUCUGGAUUUAUUCAUCGAGUGCUUAACAUAAGCCAUGCACUGUUCUUGGCCAUGAGGAAAGAGCAGCAAGCAAAAUAGACAAAAUCCCUGCCUUCAUAGGCUUACAUUCUACAGAGAAGAGACAAGCAAAUAAAACAUACUGAAUUAAACGGUAGUACAUGCAAAGGAGAAACCAGAAAGGGGGAAAGAAGAAACACAAAACAAAAGUAAAAAGUGCUAGGAACUUUUUCACAACAUGCUUAAAGAGGAUAAGAUUGGGAAUUCGGGGUACUAGUGUUAAAAGCCCUUGGGACUCAAUGAGUGCGCAUGCGCAUUGAGGUGUCAGGGCGAAAGCGACUUGUCGGCGGUUCUCAGGAGCGCAUGCUCGUGGGCUCGCGCGUUCACAAGCCUCGCGACCCAAGGAGCGCGCGGCCGGCGUCCGAGGCGGUUGGUAUUGGGAGUCGAUGAAUCGCCGUUUAAGGCAAUUAUUUCCAGUCAGGGAAGGAAAGCAGUGCCUGGCAUUCUCACCAGCUUUCUACCUGCCAUGAUCAAGUGCUUGUCAGUUGAAGUACAAGCCAAAUUGCGUUCUGGUUUGGCUAUAUGCUCUUUAGGACAAUGUGUGGAGGAGCUCGCCCUCAACAGUAUUGAUGCUGAAGCAAAAUGUGUGGCUGUCAGGGUGAAUAUGGAAACCUUCCAAGUUCAAGUGAUAGACAAUGGAUUUGGGGUGGGGAGUGAUGAUGUAGACAAGAUGGGAAAUCGUUAUUUUACUAGUAAAUGCAGCUCCAUGCAGGACUUGGAGAACCCAAGGUUUUAUGGUUUCCGAGGGGAGGCCUUGGCCAGUAUAGCUAACAUGGCCAGUGCUGUGGAAAUUUCAUCCAAGAAAAACAGAACAAUGAAAACUUUUGUGAAACUGUUUCAGAAUGGAAAAGCCCUGAAAGCUUGUGAAGCUGAUUUGACUAGACCAAGUGCUGGGACAACAGUAACAGUAUAUAACCUAUUUUAUCAGUUUCCUGUAAGGAGGAAAUGCAUGGAUCCUCGACUGGAGUUUGAGAAGGUUAGGCAGAGGAUAGAUGCUCUCUCACUCAUGCACCCUUCCAUUUCUUUCUCUUUGAGAAAUGAUGUUUCUGGUUCCAUGGUUCUUCAGCUUCCUAAAACAAAAGACGUUUGUUCCCGAUUUUGCCAAAUUUAUGGACUAAGUAAGUCCCAAAAGUUAAGAGAAAUAAAUUUUAAGUAUAAGAAAUUUGAGCUUAGUGGCUAUAUCAGCUCUGAAGCACAUUACAAUAAGAAUAUGCAGUUUUUGUUUGUGAACAAAAGGCUAGUUUUGAAGACAAAGUUGCAUAAACUCAUUGACUUUUUAUUAAGGAAAGAAAGUAUUAUAUGCAAGCCAAAAAAUGGCUCUGCCAGUGGGCAAAUGAAUUCAAGUCCUCGGCUUCGGUCUAACCCAGAACUCCAUGGGAUAUAUGUAAUCAAUAUACAGUGCCAAUUCUGUGAAUAUGAUGUGUGCAUGGAGCCAGCAAAAACUCUGAUUGAGUUUCAGAACUGGGAUACUGUUUUGGUUUGCAUUCAGGAAGGAAUAAAAAUGUUUUUAAAGAAAGAAAAAUUAUUUGUGGAAUUAUCAGGUGAAGACAUUAAGGAAUUUAGUGAAGAUAAUGAUUUUAGUUUAUUUAGUACUACUCUGCAGAAGCAUGAGUCCUCUGAUGAGAAGUGUGACCAGGUCAGUUUCCAAGAUGCAUGUAAUAAUAUUUUGGAUUCCUAUGAAAUGUUUAAUUUGCAAUCAAAAGCUGUGAAAAGAAAAGCUAUAGAAAACAUAAACACACAGAAUUCUAGGGAUUCAGAAGCUAUCAGAAAAAAGACAAAUGAUUCAUUUUUGUAUACUUAUGAAUCAGAUGGCCCAGGCCAUAGUAAAAUGACAGAGUCAUCUUUACAAAACAAAGCUAGCUCUUGCUCAGAACUAAGGAUUUUAGAACAAGAGAGAGCUGAAGCAUCAGGAGAAAAUGAGAAACAUAAAAAAUCUUGCUUGGAACUUAACUCUUCAGAAAAUCCAUGUGGAACCAGUUCAGAAAUGUUUGCAAGCCCUUUUCGGUUAUUAGAUCACUUUGAGGAGAGUGAAGAGGAUCUAAAACUACAGAAAGCAAGUACUACUGUUGAUGGCAUGGCUGCCGACUUUCUGAAAAAUAAUAGAAUUCAGAAUCAGCUAGAGACACUUAAAGAUGCUACUGAAAUGGGAAGUCAACCUUUGCCAUUUGAGACAACAAUACUGAGAAUACAUGGUGAUCAGAGAGAGGAAGAGAAAAAAAAAGAAUCUAGCGAUUCUGGAAUAACAAAUGUUUUUAGUUAUGGACAAGUUAAAUUAUGUUCCACUGGCUUUAUAACUCACGUGGUACAAAGUGAGCAAACAAAAUCAACUGAAAUGGAACUCUUAAUUAAAAAUUGUGUUCGACCUGGUCCUGUGAGUGCCAAAGAAACAUUUGGAAAAAGAAUAUGCCAUUCAGUUGAGACUCCAGACAUCAAAGAUUUAACCAGCACUUUAUGUAAAGAAUUUACUCAACUUCCCAAUGAAAAAUUGUGCAGAACAAAUAUAAGUUAUGAGCUAGAGAACAAACUUACAGCAACUUACAAAAAUUUUACUAUUUUUCAGGAUGGUAGUAAAAAGUCACACACAGAUUGCUUAUUACCUGACACAUCCUCUUUCUCUUGGUGUAGGCAUGUUUCAAAUGGUGGUAAGAGAACAGAUAAGUUGAUUGGUUCCUCCAGACCCAUAACCUAUAAGAAGCUAAACUUAAGUUCACAACUAGGAUCUUUAGAGAAGUUUAAGAGGCAAUAUGGGAAGGUUAAAAAUCCUCUGAAUACGGAAGAGGAGGAAAAUAAUUUUGAAAUCACUACCAAUCUCAGUCUUCAAGUUGAACCUGACAUUCCACAGAGAGACAAAAACCACUUAGACAACUCUAGUAUUUGUAAGAUCACUACUAUGAAACAUAAUGAUUCAAAUAGUUGUCAACCAGUAAGUCACAUCCUUCAUUCAGAAAAGUUUCCAUUCUCCAAGGAAGAAGACUAUUUAGAACAACAGAUGCCUUGCUUAAGAGAAAGUCCUAUAACUCUAAAGGAGUUACCACAUUUUAACAGAAAACCUUUGGCUGUGGAGAAGUCAUCCGAAUCACUAGCCUCUAAAUUAUCCAGAAUGAAAGGUUCUGAAAGAGAGACUCAAACAGUGGAGACGGGUCAUUUUAUUGGAUUUCCACAAUCAGAUUCCAGUAGGAAGGACAGUGACUUGUGCAGUGGGUUAUCACUAGAUUCUUGUAAGUUACUUAAAAAUGAGCAUAAAAAAACAGAGACUGUCAUCAUCCCAAUGUCAGACUCUGUCACACAGGAUAAUUCCUUCAAUAAAGAUAGCGAAAUAUAUCCUAAGAACACUAUAACAGAGAACCCUGUGAUACCAGAAACUCUUUUGGUAUUACCCUAUAAUAAUUCUCCAGUUACCAAUAAAGACUCAGAUGUUCGUACAGCUUCAGAACAAGAGAUAGGAAGUCUUAACUCUCCCAGUAGAAUGUUAAUGAGUCACAUAGACGAUUCCACAGUCAACCCAAAUGGAACUUGUGUUCAGAGUGAGGAAUCUAUAGCAAGAACUUGUUCUGCAGAUGAAGAGUCAAACACAUGUUCUCUGGAUUGGCAGCAGCAUUUUGAUGUAGCCUUGGGAAGAAUGGUUUACAUCAACAAAAUAACUGGACUUAGCACAUUUAUUGCUCCUACUGAGGACGUUCGAGCAGCUUGUACUAAGGACCUGACAACUGUGGCUGUGGAUGUCAUACUUGAGAAUGGAUCUCAGUACAGAUGUCAUCCUUUUAGAAGCGACCUUGUUCUUCCUUUCCUUCCCAGAGCUCAGGAAGAGAGGACUAUGAUGAGACAGAAUAACAGAGAUAGUGCGGAUGAUGCUGUUGGUAGGGAAUCGCUUCAGUCUUUGUUCUCAGAAUGGGACAAUCCAGUAUUUGCACGUUAUCCAGAGGUUGCUGUCGAUGUAAGCAGUGGUCAGGCGGAGAGCCUAGCAGUUAAAAUUCACAACAUCUUGUAUCCUUAUCGUUUCACCAAAGAGAUGAUUCAUUCGAUGCAGGUUCUUCAGCAAGUGGAUAACAAAUUUAUUGCCUGUUUAAUGAGCACCAAGACCGAAGAGAAUGGUGAGGCAGGUGGAAACUUGCUGGUCUUGGUGGAUCAACACGCUGCACAUGAGCGUGUCCGUUUGGAGCAGCUUAUCAUUGAUUCCUAUGAGAAGCAACAGCCACAAGGCUCAGGUCGGAAAAAAUUACUGUCUUCCACUAUAAGUCCUCCACUAGAGAUAACAGUGACAGAGGAACAAAGGAGACUCUUAUGGUGUUACCACAAAAAUCUGGAAGAUCUGGGCCUUGGAAUUAUAUUUCCAGAUACUAGUGAUUCUUUGGUCCUUGUAGGAAAAGUACCACUCUGUUUUGUAGAAAGAGAAGCCAAUGAAGUUCGAAGAGGACGAUCUACUGUGGCCAAGAGUAUUGUGGAGGAAUUUAUUCGAGAACAAGUGGAGCUACUCCAGACCACAGGAGGCAUCCAAGGGACUUUGCCACUGACUGUCCAGAAGGUGUUAGCAUCCCAAGCCUGCCAUGGAGCCAUUAAGUUCAAUGACGGCCUGAGCUUAGAGGAGUGUUAUCGCCUUAUUGAAGCUCUGUCCUGGUGCCAGCUGCCAUUCCAGUGUGCUCACGGGAGACCUUCUAUUCUGCCGUUAGCUGACAUAGACCACUUGGAGCAGGAAAAACAGAUUAAACCCAAUCUUGCAAAACUUCGCAAAAUGGCCCAGGCCUGGCAUCUCUUUGGAAAAGCAGAAGGAUGUGAUUCAAGGCAAAGCCAACAGGCAUCCAUGCCUCCUUGUGAGCCACCAUGACAACAGAAUUAUUGACCUAUAUGGAACCAAAGGGAUGCUAACUAUUUGCCUCUGAGCAGAAAGCAUGAACUGCAGGCACCAGCAGAGUCUUAACUGAAUCAGCCUGGUGUCCACGAGCAACAUACUAGUCUUCCUUGAGCAGAUGAUCCCUCUAGCUGAGGAGCCAUGGAUUUCAAGCCUGAAGACAGUUCAUUCAUUUGCAUUCAUGAACACAGGAGGUUGCCCUAUAAUAUUUAUUUUUUGUAACUUAUUUAGAGAUAAAAUUUAAUGAUUAAUUGUCUUAUUGUCUGGUUGGUUGGUUUGUGGUUUUCUUAGGGAUAGAAUGUUUUGGGGUUUUUUUUGGUAUCAUUUUGCAAUUUUUUCCAAUCUCGUAAUUUGCAUUGAUGUAAUUUACCUGAAGCUGAACUUCAGGGAUCAAGUCUACCUCCCUAGACUGCUAAGAGCCAUGUUCAUUAGGCCCUUCCUUUCCCUCCAGUCUUCUUCACUUCCCUCUGCUGCUUCUGUACAUUCUAAAUCUGACUUUACAAAGAGUUUCUCUGCACUCAGAAAUGGUCUCUGCAGUUUUCCAUUAGGCCUGUAGUUAGAGUGUUUUAGGGAGAAAAACUAUUGAUAAAGAGAAACAAGGACAAGGAUAGAAUAGAGAAAAUUUAAAAGUCCUUUUUCCUGUUUUGUUUAUUUUAUUGCCUUUUUAAAAACUCAGACUGAUGUUCAUAUCCCAAACCAGUGAUAUGGUGAAAGUACUAUGAGUUUGUUUUUUAAAAUGACUUUUUGUACUUUAUAAUGUAUCUUUUUAUUUGAAAGCAAUUUUCACUUCAGAAUGCAGCAUUUAUCCUUUUAAAUGUUCUCUACAUUUUUUCAGGAGACAAGGGUUCUUUUGGUCCUUUUCAAAUUAUAUCUUGGUUUUAUUACAGUAUGCCUACUAAUGGUCUCAUAAUUUCAUUUGGGACCCAGACUGAUCUUUCUGCAAGUGUUUAUUAUGCCACUCUUAAUCUGUGUCUCCCCCACACCUGUUCAGAUAACUUGAUUUCUGGUUAAUAAGAAUCAACAGGCUAAAAGACCUAUAGUAGGGAGGGAGAAGCAAA